ACAACCGCAAUACUGUACGAUCCGGCGCGGAAGAAAGAACCCUCGCAGUCGUUCCAGAAUGAGCGCGACGCCUGUCUCUCCUGUUUUGCCAAAUGGAACGAAGCAGACCAGGUCGAUUUCGUUGAGCAGCUGCUGUCCCGCAUGUGCCAUUACCAGCACGGACACAUCAACGCCUACCUGAAACCGAUGCUGCAGCGAGACUUCAUCACCCUUUUACCUACCAAAGGAUUAGACCACGCAGCGGAAAACAUUCUCUCCUACUUGGACGCAAAAUCUCUGUGCCGAGCAGAACGCGUUUGCAAAGAAUGGUCCCGUGUCAUAUCGGAGGGUAUGCUAUGGAAGAAGCUAAUAGAACGAAAUGUCCGAACGGAUUCCCUCUGGCGAGGUCUUGCCGAACGGAAAGGAUGGAUAAAAUAUCUAUUCAUACCAAGGCCGGGGGUGACGCAUCGACCGCACAAAUUCUAUCGGGAACUGUUCCCCAAGAUUAUGAAGGACAUCGAGGCAAUCGAGAACAACUGGCGCACCGGCAAUCACAACCUGCAGCGGAUAAACUGUCGGUCCGAGAACUCCAAGGGCGUUUACUGUUUGCAGUACGAUGACGACAAGAUCGUGUCCGGUUUGCGGGACAACACUAUCAAAAUCUGGGACCGGAACUCGCUCCAAUGCUGCAAGAUUCUAACCGGUCAUACAGGGUCCGUGCUGUGCUUACAGUACGACGACAAAGUGAUCAUCAGCGGCUCCAGCGAUUCUACCGUUCGCGUUUGGGAUGUCAACACCGGCGAUAUGGUCAACACGCUAAUACAUCACUGUGAAGCGGUACUGCAUUUACGAUUCAACAAUGGCAUGAUGGUGACCUGUUCCAAGGACCGCUCAAUAGCCGUGUGGGACAUGACGUCACCGACGGAAAUUGCGUUGCGGCGAGUGCUGGUGGGGCAUCGGGCAGCAGUCAACGUGGUGGACUUCGACGAGAAGUACAUCGUUUCGGCGUCCGGCGAUCGGACCAUCAAGGUGUGGAACACCUCCACCUGUGAGUUUGUGCGCACCCUCAACGGUCACAAGAGGGGUAUCGCCUGUUUACAGUAUCGUGAUCGUCUGGUUGUUAGCGGUAGUUCAGAUAAUUCCAUAAGACUUUGGGACAUUGAAUGCGGUACCUGUUUGCGGAUUCUCGAAGGCCAUGAAGAGCUGGUUCGCUGCAUCCGGUUCGAUUCGAAGCGUAUAGUGAGCGGCGCUUACGAUGGCAAGAUUAAGGUGUGGGAUCUCCAAGCUGCCUUAGACAUUCGGGCGCAGACCAACACGCUGUGCUUGAAGACACUGGUGGAACACACGGGCCGCGUUUUCCGGCUCCAGUUCGAUGAGUUCCAAAUCGUUAGCAGUUCUCACGACGACACCAUUCUCAUCUGGGACUUCCUGAACUGCUCGCAAAAGGAUGAAAACACUAACCCGCAGGCCUUGGUCCAGAUGGGCCGCAGUCCAUCACCUGACAUCAUGUAAGACUCCCAGGGAAAGAAAAUGACGAGCUGAUUGGGGAAAGUGAUUUGAUUCGAUUUGAAUGUUACGUGAGAAAGAGGCCAUGAUGCGGAUACUUCCGAAAUACGAAUCCGAGCGCAGCCCGGCCUAUAUGUACAUCUAUCUACUACAAAAAUAAGCGUGCAUGAAAUUGAAUCACAUACGACAGGUGGUAGACAGUGAACGGGUGCGAUAAAUGAAUCAAAAUGAAACAAAUGUAACGCUAGAAAAAGUUAAUGUGAGUUCCCAGAAUAAAAAUUUUUGAGUACCGUUUCGUGUAUAUUCAGUUAUAUCUUUACGGCUGUUUAUUGAUUCUGAACGGUACAGACAUUUAAGAUCACACAUUGUACAUGUUUUUGUAGGUUUCGAUAGUCUGACUAUGUUUAUUGAAGUUCGUACUGAGGAAACUGUGAAAACAACAUAAUGAGCUAUCGACCAUAUUAUCUUAUUAAACUUAUCGUUCGGAGUGAGCAAACGUUUGCAAUUUGGGCUAUUCUUGACGAACCAAGUUUUGACGGUCGCCAUCGAAGAGAAGUUUAGGGUUUUCUAAACUAAUACACUGUUGGUUAAGUUGUAUAGAUUUUCAAAUUUUUGAUCGCUGGCUCAUUACGUUGUUAAUCGCCAUACCCCUCUUUCUCUCUCUUGAAGUUAGUUUAGCUGGGUAGGUUCUUGUUUUGUUAGGAAUCAAAUUUCGUCCAACCCUUUUUCUGCUUUCUGCACCCAUUUGUAGACUUUUAUUAAAUCUUUAAACGUACGUAUAUGAACUAGCUUAUGUGUGCAUGUUUGCGCGUGUGUUGCCUAAACGAGAAAGUUACUGAAGCGAGGUAACUGGAUAGCUAAAAUUUUAAACUCCCCCAACUGUUUUUGGAAUAGCUAUUGGAGUUGAAUGUGUUCUAUGUGUGUUGCGGUAUGGGAGUGUGUUUGUUCCAGUUCGCUGUGGGAUAAAAUAGCUCAGACAGGCAUAUGAGAGAACCGUUGUUCAUUAGUGGUAGUGAUAUAAUUUAUGCAACUCUUCUGCGAGUAGUAUCUAUAGGAAUGAAGAAAUCAACAAUAAACAUACAAAAUUUACUGAUACAAAAAUGUAAAUCAUGUAACCCUGUCCCUUUCCUCUAUCCCAAUUUAAAAAUUUAUACUUCCCUUUCAUAAAAUACAAGGAAAAAACAAAAUAACUAAAGUAAAAUUAUACAUUUGGAUCCCGAUGGAAAUGACUAGUUGUUAUCUAUUAAUCGUUCCACGUUCAGGAUUUCAAGCAAAUCUAAGGAAACACAAAACAAAACUAAGAAGAUAUAUAAACCAGAAAAUUAUUCACACUGAUCUAGAUAACGUUAUAUUUGAAAAUAAAAAAAAAUUGAAUGACUAAAAUGAGUAGGAAAAUAGUGGCGACUUUUUUUUAGGUGGCUCUAUGGUUGCCCACGGAGUACAGUCACAGGGCAACGGUGUUAAGCCGAGAUCUGAAUCUAACUUGUGGUUUAAUGUGAGACUUACUUAGGCAGAGGAGGGCUAGAGAGUGUUAUGUGGAGUGAUGCAAAAAGUAAAA